AUGUCGCUCCAGUCCGCGUGCUGCGGCGAUCACCGGAGCACUGGGCCCCUGGUCGAGGUCGUUACUCCGCUUGACCUUCCAGGUGUGCUGGAAUCAAUCAAUGACGGACUAGGCACAGUGCUGCACCUGCUGCAGCAGAAUUGCUCUGACCAGCUGCAGCUGAAGAACCUGGCCAUCGUCCACCAAGAGAUGAUGCUUCGCCAGGAGAGGUGCAUGCAGAAUCUCGCGGAGGGCCUGGCAAUCUCCGCACCCUGCACCUCCAUGCAGAAGAAGGACCGCGAUGAAGAAAACGAGGAUCAUGACAAGGUGGAGAGCGUGGUUCAUUUUCAGCUUGAUGAGGUGAGCGAUGGUGCAGAGGGCUGGAUGGCCCCGAAUCAGCAGGUGCGGUCAUGCACCAGUAGCAAGAGCCGUUCGGCAUUGGCGAUACCACAUGGGGAUCGAGAGUGCCCAGCUGAUGAGAUACUGCUGCCAGUCAUCCAGAAAGGCAGCUCACCUACAGCCAAGAAAAUGAGCAGCCGCGAUGGGCCCAAAUUCGGGCAGAGGUUCGUGACUCAAGGGCAGGAGUCUGAGCCCGAGACAGUCGCCUUUGAGAUCAUAGGACUGGCCUCGCACGGCUCACCGCGGAGAACGCUGGCGAGCUCGGCCAGGGAGAUGGCGAGUUCGACGGCUCUGCGACGCUUCUUUUUCCAUUGGGUUGCAAGCGCCAUCGAGUGGUGUGAAGACUGCAGGGAGCCGCAUCGCACUGGAAUCCUGGCCAAAAUCGUGAAGAGCAAUCGAUUCGGCGGGCUCUGCAUGACGGUGAUCCUGCUCAACUCGAUCGUCAUCUCCUACCAGUCGGAUUUCGAAAUGAAGAAUCCAGGUGCUACCACUCCAUAUCCACUCAUGAUGAUUGAGCUCGGCUUCGCCUUUUUCUAUGGCAUCGAGAUCCUCCUGAAGUUGGCCGUUCAUCGGUUCUACUUUUUCAUCAAUGACGAUAUGCGCUGGAACCUCUUUGAUCUCGGCUUGGUCUGCCUGUCCUUGGUGGAGGUCACCUCAUCCUUUGUCCUGCUUUCGAAGGGGGUGUCCCGCGAGGGCAUAAACUUGACGUUCCUCCGGCUGCUGCGCCUUUGCAAGAUUGCCAAGGUUCUCCGAGUGCUUCGAACCUUGCGCUUCUUCAGAGAGCUGCGAUUGAUGCUGGACUGCGUCCUCGGAUCAGUCAUCAAUGCCAUAUGGUGUGUGGCAAUGCUGUUCUUCGUCAUGUUCAUCUUUGCUCUGCUGAUGGUGCAAGGCCUUGCAGACUACCUGGGCCAGUACUCGCGGGAAUUUGGGCCCGAGAGCCUGACUGAGGAAUUUGUAGGGGACAUUAUGCUCUGGUACGGCUCGGUCGGCAGAACAAUCCUGACUCUGUUUCAGUCGACGACAUCUGGAAUCGACUGGCGUGAUUGCUAUCUUCCACUUGAGCAGAGUUCAGAGCUGGUCGCUGGCAUGUUCCUGGUCUUCGUCGGUCUUUUUACGAUCUCUGUGUGGAACAUCGUCACGUCGACGUUCGUCGAGAAGGCAUUGAAGUUGGCCCAGCCAGACCUGGAGUCCUUAGUGAUGGAGCACCACCUGAAGGACGUGCAGGAUGCGCAGUCUCUGAUCGACCUAUUCUGCAGUCGACUGGGAUGUUCUGAGACGUCCAGCAUUUGCCACGGGCAGUUCAAGCUCCUCGCAGGGCAGCACCGCUUCAGGGCAUACCUCACCGCACGCGGCAUCGACAUCAAGAACGUGGAGGUUUUCUUCCGCAUGCUUGCAGCUGCCAGCGGGAAUGCCGAAGUGGAGAUCAAGGUUCUUGCAAAUGCGCUGGUGAGGAUGAAGGGUUUUGCCACCAGCAUCGACUUGCAGACCUUGACCUUCGAGACCAAGAUGCAGCUAUCCAAACAGGCAAGAUCUGUCAAGGAAGUUGGUCGGCAUGUACGUCGCAUCGAGAAGUUGCUUGAAAAUGGGACGAAGUGCAGCGUCGCACAAAUCCGCUCUUCGGCCGCGCUGUCCACCGGAGCCGUGUUUCAGCUGGAAAAGUACGGGGCCCGGGCUUCGCCAGCUGGAGAUAUGGCAGGACAAGUGGGAACGUGCUUUGGUGUUCCGAAAACCGAGGUCAUGCCCUCCUGCCAGGACACCGGCACCGCCGCCAUGGUGAAGCGAGGAACUCAUGUCCUCACGGACGGAAGGGAUGAGGAGUUCAUCUCCCGUGGAAUCUACAAAGCCUACACCGAAGGCUACUUGCGCUACUCGCAGGUGGCGCCGCUCAGCAUGUUCGAGGAAGCAAACACGAAAACCAAUUUGCCAGCGCAGAUUGACAUGCUGAGCCAGCAUGGCAGCUCCUACGACGUGUUUUACAUCGCGAAGGGAGGCGGCAGCGCAAACAAAACCCAGCUUCUGCAGAAGACCAAAGGCGUUCUCAAUGACAAGGCCUUUACCGAGUUCGUGACGGAACAGGUGCAAAACAUCGGCACAGCGGCCUGCCCUCCGUAUCACCUGGCACUGGUCGUCGGCGGACUUUCAGCAGAGCAAAACUUGAAGACGGUGAAGCUUGCCAGCUGCAAGUAUCUGGAUGGGCUCCCCACUUCCGGAAACAAGCUGGGCCGUGCCUUCCGCGAUUUGGAGUGGGAGGAGAAGGUGAAAAAACUGGCUCAGGACCUUGGAAUCGGCGCCCAGUUUGGGGGCAAGUACUUCUUACAUGACGUCCGCAUCGUGAGGCUGCCCCGUCACGGUGCCUCUUGCCCCAUUGGCAUCGGCGUGUCCUGCUCUGCGGACCGUCAGGCCAAGGCGAAAAUCACAGAAGAAGGCGUUUUCCUGGAGCAGCUGGAGACAGAUCCUGCAAAGUAUCUGCCCGAUGUCAAAGAGCAGUCGCUGGACAAAGGAGGUGAGAUCGUCAAGGUCGAUCUCAACAAGCCAAUGGAGGAGAACUUGAAGAUCUUGAGCAACUACCCGGUUGCCACCAGACUGGCCUUGACUGGAACCAUCAUCGUGGCGCGCGACAUCGCGCACGCGAAGAUGCAGGAGAUGCUGGACUCAGGGAAGGGCCUGCCUGAGUACAUCAAGAAGUAUCCGGUCUACUAUGCCGGCCCGGCCAAGACGCCCGCGGGCAUGCCUUCUGGAUCUUUCGGACCAACGACCUCUGGAAGAAUGGACCAGUACGUGGGCACAUUCCAGGCGCAGGGUGGCUCGAUGAUCAUGAUCGGGAAGGGCAACCGCUCCAAAGCGGUGACCAACGCUUGCAAGGAGCACGGAGGUUUCUACCUUGGCUCCAUUGGUGGCGUGGCCGCGACUCUCAGCUCCAACAGCAUCAAGAAGGUUGAAGUGCUGGAUAUGGAGGAGCUGGGCAUGGAGGCGAGCCAGUCGUCUUUCACAAACUUUUGCUCUUGUUUAAGCUUCUCGUAUGACGGGCCUUGGCUUUUGGAUCUUGAUGCCUGCUGCAGAGCUCAACGGCUCCUUGGCUCAAUUUGA